AUGCCUAAACUCAUCGAAAAACUUCGAGAAAAUCCGAUGGCCAUCGUGGUAUCGGCUUUUGCUGCUUUUGGUGGCUUCUUAUAUGGCUACGAUACAGGCACGAUCUCUGGUAUUAUCACUAUGGAUUAUUUUCUCCAGACCUUUGGUGAUGUGCAGGCGGAUGGAACAUAUGCUCUUGCCUCCAGCGACAAAAGUUUGAUUGUCUCUAUCUUAUCGGCAGGCACAUUUUUUGGUGCAUUACUUGGUUAUCCGUGCGGCGAUUUUCUUGGCCGCCGAUGGGGAUUAAUAUUGGCGUGCUUAAUUUUCUCGAUUGGUGUUGCAUUUCAAACAGCUGCUACCGCACUUCCACUCUUCGUUGUGGGUCGAGUUGUUGCAGGGCUUGGUGUCGGUAUAAUCUCGUGUAUUGUUCCUAUGUAUCAAUCAGAAUGUGCUCCCAAAUGGAUUCGAGGUGCCAUCGUCUCGGGUUACCAAUGGUUUAUUACUAUUGGCCUUCUUAUUGCUGCCAUUGCCAACAACGGAACCAAAGAUAUUGCAUCCUACGCUUGCUAUCGAAUUCCAAUUGGAAUUCAACUUAUAUGGGCUUCUAUCCUUGCGUUAGGUAUGUUCAUUCUACCCGAAUCACCACGUUUUCUCAUUAUGAAGGGUCGUACCGAGAAAGCCUAUCGAUCGCAAGCUAGACUGAAUUCGAGCACGGUUGAUGAUCCCAAAGUCGACGCUGACAUCAAGGAGAUCGUUGCCAACAUGGAGUUUAUGGCAAAGUUCGGUUCUGCUACUUAUGCUGACUGUUUUAAAAUGGGACCUCAAAAGAAUCUUCUUCGAACUUUGGUUGGCGUCUUUCUUCAAGCAUGGCAACAACUGACUGGCAUCAACUUCAUAUUUUACUAUGGUACAUCUUUCUUCCAAGCCUCUGGUAUCCAGCUACCAUUCUUGAUUACGAUUGCAACCAAUGUUGUCAAUGUCGGUAUGACUAUUCCUGGCAUGUGGGGUAUGGACAAGCUAGGUCGACGCAAGAUUCUUAUGAUUGGUGCUGCUGGCAUGUUAGUCUGUGAAUUCAUUGUCGCCAUCGUUGGUACGAUAGUCGGUCAAUCAAACGAAGCAGCACAAAAGACACUUAUUGCAUUCGUGUGCAUCUACAUUGCUUUCUUUGCUUCGACAUGGGGUCCUGCUGCAUGGGUCGUCACAGGUGAACUUUAUCCUCUAGGCAUCCGCGCUAAGUGCAUGUCUCUAUCGAGCGCUUCCAGCUGGCUAUGGAACUUUGGUCUCGGCUAUGCUACACCGUAUAUGGUUGAUUCUGACAAAGGAAACUUGGGUUCCAAAGUAUUCUUCGUAUGGGGUUCGACGUGUGUAGGUUGUCUUCUCUUUGCGUUUUUCUGUAUUUGGGAGACAAAAGGUUUAUCACUCGAACAAGUCGAUUAUCUUGUUAGCAAUUCAUCACCCCUCACGUCGGCCAAACUUAAUAAAGCAUUGCGAGCAGGUACUGUCGUGGCAACUGGCUCGACCGGUGGCGGGCCUGCACCCUUCUCGAAUAAAGUACAAAACGCUGAAGAUGCGAAGAUUCCUAAUCAGAAUAUUGACAAGAAAGCAACUAUUGGAGAUGUAGUUUGA